UUCGCGACUCGCGAGCGGUCGCCAUGGCGGACGCUAUGCGUGCCAUGCUCGAUCAGCUCAUGGGCACCGAGCGCGACGUCCCUCUCGAUCAACGCACCGGCCGUUCGAGGCAUUACUCGGACGCGGACGUGUGCAAAUACUACAUCUGUGGGUUCGACGUGACGUGUUUCAAGAACACAAAGUCCGACGCGGACGUCCUGCGGUGCGUGGGAGCGGAGGCGCAGGAAAAAGUUCGGGACGACGGCGCGCGAGAGGCGUUUCGACUCGCGCCCGAGGCUGAAAAGGCGAAAUGUGGGUACGAAAUGGACACGAAGAUGGUGUUAGAUCGGAUGAUUCGCGAGUGCGAUCGGAGGAUCGAGCGCGGGAUGGUGCGAGCGAGGGCGGAGAAGGAGGAGGCGAUGGUCAAGAUGGCGACGAGCGCCGACGCUGAUACGUUGAGGUUGUUAGAGGUGAAGAUGGAGGAAAGCGCAGCGAAGGCGGAGAAAUUGGGCGAGGAAGGCGACGUCGACGGCGCCGAGGCAGAGUUGGCGCAUUUAGAGACGUUUGAGCAGCGCGCGAAAGAGGUUAAGGCGAAGAUGGAUAGUAUGGACGCGUAUCGAUUGACCGAGCCGUGUCCGGUGAGCGGGACGUUGUUGUGCAACACCGACACCGAGGAGCGUCGACAAGAGCAUUUGAUGGGUAAACAAUACACUGGAUGGACCCACAUUCGUAAACUGCGCGACGAGCUCGCGGCGCGGUUGGCCAAGUACGAAGAGGCGGGAUUCGCCAUCGGUGGGCGGAGCGGCGGCGACGGGCGCGACAGAAAGCGCCGAUCGCGUUCGCCCGAUCGCGAUCGCUCGUACAGACCGCGCGAUAAUCGCGACCGUGAAUACGGGCGCGGUGAUAGAGAUACGUACCGAGGGGGUGGUGAUAGGAGGUACGAGCCGUACCGCGACGACCGACGCCGGGGCGACGAUCGACGUUCGUAUGAUCGCAGAGACGACAGGCGUAGGGACGAUCGAUAUAGAUACUACUAAUACUUUGAGUUGACGCGUGACAAUUAUUUGCUAAUGUUCUAAGCUAGCGCGCCGAUGGA